AUGAUAAAUGCUCAAUUUUUUGAUGUUAUCCGGGCCAAUGAGAAUGGGGGAUUUCUUGGAGGUGGGGGUAAAUGGCCAUUGAAAAGGAGUGAUUCUAGAAAUGAAACGUCUUCCCACAACCAAUUGGAGCCUUGGCCGCCAUCUGAGGUUAUAUCCAAGUAUACUGAAUUGAUGGCUAUUCGAGAAAAUAGUGGUGGGCAUAAUUUGUUAAAAUGUCACUUCUUCAACGCAUGGUUUCAUAAAUAUGUGUGUACAACGAGAAUUAUAGCGAAAGGAGACAAGAAAAUUGAAGAUAUAUAUUAUGAUCGUAAUGAUGUAAAAAUUGAAUGUAUUAUAAGGAAGAUUCCUUACGAUCUAAAGAGUAAAGAAAAAAUUAUGAUCCCAUUGAAUGAAAUGUCCCAUUGGUACUUGCUUGUCAUUGACUUAAAGAGAAAAAUAUUUUCAAUUUACAGCUCUCUCAAAGGUCACCAAACAUCAACCUACAUCAAUACGAUGGUUUCACGUUUGAAGAUCCAUUUAUUAAAAAAUUGUGAAAUAGAAUGUGAUGGAUUUACUGUCUCUAUAGACCAAGAAUGCCCCCAGCAACCAAAUUCGGUUGAUUGUGGUGUCUACUUAAUGAAAUUUAUGGAAUGUCUUUCCCGUGGAGAUGUAUUUGAUUUCAACUCGGCUUGUCGGUUGAUAACAAUUCGCAAGGAGUAUAACAGCUAUAUGGAGCUCUUUCUGCUCAAAUGUGGCUGGGGAUGA